AUGAGUAAUUCACGUUCAUCGCCGACAUUUCAAAGCUAUGAUCUAACCAAAGGAUUGAAGCGUUUCACCAAUUGGAACGUGGAGGAUGCGAUCAGCGUUGGAUCUGGACCUAUUCCCGAUAGAGCGAAGAAUUAUUCGAUAAUCACAAAAAUGAUUGCAGAAUUUUUGGGAGAUUUCACAUUUGUUUUUGUUGGAACUAUGCAGGCCGUUGUGGUUGUGGCGCCAUCGAAUCAGAGUAUUGUCGCCGACAAUAUCGUUCAUGCUGCAUUUGCACAUGGUUUCACUAUAUUUCUACUCGUUGCUGCUCUCGGACACAUAAGUGGAGGUCACUUCAAUCCAGCAGUGACAUGGGCCGUAGCUGCUUCAGGAAAAAUGCCACUCUAUCAUGUACCAUUCUAUUGGUUUGCGCAACUACUAGGAGGUUUUUGUGGAUCGCUUUAUUCUGUUUUAAUCAUGACACAGAAACAGUUGGACACAUCCUUUGCUGGCGCUACUCUAUUGAAUCCUGAUAAUAAAUGGUGGGAGGGAAUGAUGAGUGAAGCAGUUGUUACGUACUUCUUAUGCCAUACCAUUCUGCUUACCGCCGUCGACACUAACACAAAUAUUCUAGCACCAUUGGCUAUUGGCCUAACGCUUACCAUUGACAUAUUGUCAACAGGAUCAAUAACUGGAGCGUCGAUGAAUCCUGCACGAUCACUUGGUCCUAAUAUUGUCGGACAAAUAUUCCUCGACUCGAACUCAAUUCCACUACAUUUCUGGAGUUAUCAUUAUAUCUACUGGGCAGGGCCUUUUAUGGGGGCUUCUGUAGCUGUUCUGAUCUACAAACUCUUCGAAGCGAGAGAGGACCGAAUACUUCGAUAA